CAGGGGUUUGCGAGCUGCCCCAGGGUGCGGGACAGAAGGCCAGGUGCUGUCAAAGAGGGUGUGAGAUUCAGCUAGUCUGAACGGAUACCUGGCACCCCAAGAUCUCAUCAAGGGAACCUAGCCAGCAAAAGAUCAGUCUUCUACUUUCUUCAGCCCAGAUAGGGGUGGGAGAGGGGGAAUCACAAAGAGAGUGAAUUAUUAACCUUACCAACUCUUCUUCAAUUCAGAAAGUACCCCUUGCAUGGGGUAUGUGGGGCUGAAGACAACACUAGAGACUUGAUCACCUAGAACCACACUAUGGAGGAACCACAGGUAGAGUAUGAAGAGGUAUUGGAGGAAAGGCUGGAGAUUGAGGUCUAUGAUGACCCUGGAAUCCCUCUUCCUCAGGUUAUUAUGGAGGAGCAACCAAAUCACACCCAGGAGCCAACAGCCACAGACUACCAGACCAGACUAUCAGACCCGGGCACCCGCGAGCUCUAUGUGGAGCUGCAGGAGCUGGUGAUGGAUGGGAAGAAUCAGGAGCUUCGAUGGAUGGAGGCGGCGCGUUGGGUUCAAUUGGAAGAGAAUCGGGCCGAGGCCGGGGGUUGGGGUCGCCCCCACAUUUCCUGCUUAACUUUCUGGAGUCUCCUGGAAUUACAGAAAACUUUUAAAAGGGGCACUGUGAUCCUGGACCUGCCUGAGACCACCCUGCCUGGGAUUGUGAACCAGCUUCUAGACCAAUUCAUCUAUGAAAGUCAAGUGCAGCCCCAAGAUCGGGAUGAGCUGCUAAGGGCCCUGCUGCUCAAACACAGCCAUGAAGGAGAAUUGGAGGCUUUGGGAGGUGUGAAGCCAGUUGUGCUAAAUCGCUCAGGAGAGCCCUCUGAACCCCUGUUGGCCCAAUAUCCCUCCUUGGAAAACCAGAUCUACUGUGAGCAGGGAGAGGGCUCCUCAGACCGCUCACGGACAUCUCACAUCCUGGAGAAGAUCCCUCCUGAUGCAGAGGCCACAUUGGUACUAGUGGGUCGGGCCUCCUUCCUGAAGCAGCCCAUCCUGGGCUUUGUGAGGCUUCAGGAGGCAGCCAGGCUGGAAGCGGUGGACCUCCCCGUGCCUGUGCGGUUCCUCAUGGUGCUCUUAGGGCCCGAGGCCCCCCACGUGGACUACACCCAACUUGGCCGGGCUGCUGCCACCUUGAUGUCUGAGAAGGUAUUCCGAGUAGAUGCCUACCUAGCCCACGAACGCAAGGAGCUGGUUCAAUCUCUCGAGAGUUUCUUGGACUGUAGCGUGGUGCUGCCCCCCACGGAUGCACCCUCAGAGUCAGCCUUACGUACCCUGGUACCUAUGCAGCAAGAAUUGCUUCGACGGCGCUAUAAGCUCAGCCCCUCUAAGCCUGAUCCUGACUUCUACAAAGGAAUAGACUUGAACGGGGCUCCCAUGAGCCAGGAUGAUCCCUUAGCGCGCACAGGCCAACUCUUUGGGGGCGUAGCUCGGGACAUUUGGCGCCGCUACCCUAAGUACCUGAGUGACAUCACUGAUGCACUGAGCCCUCAGGUCCUCGCCGCUGUGGUCUUCAUCUACUUCGCGGCGCUCUCACCCGCCGUCACCUUUGGUGGCCUCCUAGGAGAAAAGACUCACAACAUGAUGGGGGUCUCGGAACUACUCAUCUCAACGGCCGUGCAGGGCAUUCUCUUUGCCCUUCUGAGUGCCCAGCCUCUGCUUGUGCUCGGUUUCUCAGGACCCCUGCUUGUUUUUGAGGAGGCCUUCUUUGGGUUCUGCAAGAGCAACGGCUUCGAAUACAUCGUGGGCCGGGUGUGGAUUGGCUUCUGGCUGGUGCUGCUGGUGAUCCUGGUGGUGGCCUUUGAGGGAAGCUUCCUGGUGCGCUACAUCUCUCGAUACACCCAGGAGAUCUUCUCCAUCCUCAUCUCUCUCAUCUUCAUCUACGAGACCUUCUCCAAACUCAUCUCGAUAUUCCAAGAGCAUCCACUGAGGAGAAAUUAUACCAGCAAUGUGAGCUGGCACCCCAAGCCCACAGAGGCCCUGCCCAACACUGCCCUUCUCUCCCUUGUGCUCAUGGCUGGAACAUUUUAUUUUGCCAUCACGUUUCGCAAGUUCAAGAACAGCUCUUUCUUCCCUGGAAAGCUACGCAGAGUAAUCGGAGACUUUGGUGUUCCCAUUUCCAUCUUCAUUAUGGUUGUGGUGGAUGUGUUCAUUAAAGACACCUAUACCCAGAAACUCCAAGUGCCCAGUGGUUUUGAAAUCUCUAAUAAGACGGCCAGAGACUGGUUCAUUCACCCCCUGGGCUUGAACAAAACUUUCCCCCUUUGGAUGAAGUUUGCUUCUGUUGUGCCGGCUCUGCUUGUUUUCAUCCUCAUCUUCCUGGAGACACAGAUUACCACGCUCAUCGUCAGCAAGCCGGAGCGCAAGCUGAUCAAAGGCUCCGGUUUCCACUUGGACCUGCUGCUGAUCGUGGGCAUGGGCGGCGUGGGCGCCCUCUUCGGGAUGCCCUGGCUCAGUGCCACCACGGUGCGGAGCGUGACCCACGCUAAUGCCCUCACUGUCAUGGGCAAGGCCACUGCUCCCGGAGAUCGGGCUCAAGUCCAGGAGGUUAAGGAACAAAGACUCAGUGGACUCUUGGUCUCCGUGCUCGUGGGUGUCUCCAUCUACAUGAAACCCAUCCUGUCGAAGAUCCCGAUGGCCGUCCUUUUUGGCAUUUUCCUAUACAUGGGAGUCACAUCGCUGAGUGGCAUCCAGCUCUUUGACCGAAUGCUGCUGCUCCUGAAGCCUCCCAAAUAUCACCCUGAUGAGCCCUAUGUCAAGCGAGUAAAGACCUGGCGUAUGCACCUGUUCACUGGCAUCCAAAUUAUCUGCCUGGUAGUGCUGUGGGCGGUAAAAUCAACGUCUGCCUCCCUGGCACUGCCCUUUAUACUCAUCCUCACCGUGCCCUUGCGACGAUUCCUGCUGCCCCUCAUCUUUCGAAACUUGGAGCUCCAAUGCCUUGAUGCUGAUGAUACUGAGAUCACCUUUGAUGAAGAAGAAGGUAGAGAUGUGUAUGAUGAAGUACCCAUGCCAGUGUGAGCCAGGAAUAUGAAGCUGGACCCAAGACUGCCCCUAACAUUCUCCCAUACUCUCUUAGGACAUAGACACCUCCUUCAUUGCCUCCAGCAUUAGGGAAGUCUAUACCUACUCUGGAUGAAAAUAGAGGACCCUGAACUAGCAAAGCAUUCCUUUUGGGCCCAGGAGGAUUGCCCACUUCUAGGAUGGGGAGCUGAAAAUAUGGGAGGGGGUGAGGAGGAACCUCUAGGGAAAACUACUAUUUAUGGGUUUUAUUGUUUUGUUAUUUGUACAUUUGCCCCAAGAAUUAAGUGCAACAGAAACCUCUCUGGCUCUCAGUUUCCCCAACUGUAUAAUAAGGGAAUUAGACUAAAUUACCUCUAAGAUUCCUUUCAGCUCCUAGUCCUGGGAUUCCUCAGUUUCUAUUCCUUUAGUUAUAGAGAUGUACAUAAAUAUAUAUUCCCUGAGAGAGAAUCAUAGAGAUGUGCACACACACAUAUCACAGUUAUACAGAUAUACAGACACACACCUCUCACACCUUCAUAUAAUCAUACCAUCACACAACAUGAACCCCUGGAGCUGAAAAGGACCUUAAAUAUCAUUUCAUUCAACUCUCUACUUUUCUAGAGAAGGAAACUGAGGCCCAGGGAAAGGUACUUAUAGUUAGUUAAUGGAAGAACCAGUCCAGAAUUCUCUCCACCAUAAACGUCAGACUCCAGUUAAACACUGUGGGGCAUCUUAACAAUCUGCCACAGGCUGUUCUGCAGCUGGGACCAGACAGGAGUGUGGUGUGGGUUUGUGUGGAUUUUGGCCUUGCCUCUCUCCUCUUUCCCCAAUCCUAUGCAACCAUUCCCCCAAUCUGGAGCUCGUGUAGCUGUUCAUCUCAGCUGGUGAACUUGGUGCUAAAAAGGCUUUGUCCAAAGGAGUGGGGGGAGUUGGAGGGAGUAAUCAGGGCAGGAAUUUAAAAUGAUUUUACCACUUUCCUGCACACAUUCCAGUAAAAAGUUAACUGAGCCUUUUUAACCUUAGUCAAUAGGAUUUAAAUCGUGUGUGUGUGUGUGUGUGUGUGUGUGUGUGUGUGUGUGUGUUGAGAAAGGGGUGGAGAGGGGGGAGAGAGAAAGGGACAAGGAACAAAGAUUUGAUCUUUGAGAAGAAAGACAAUUUGACUAGGAAUAAAUGGUCAGAAAGAAUAGAAAAGGGCAGAGAUAGGCUUUGUAAUUUAUUGUGUAUUUUUUAAAAAGAAAUUAAUCACAUUUUAGCUUUACUACCUGGGGAAUCAGGGAUCUACCCCAUUCUCCUCAGCAAAAACUUUGAAAGAUAAAGAAUUGAGUGAGGAGAAGGUAGGAAUUCCCCCUGGAAGUGAGAGGAACAAAUCUAUUUUUUUACAAAACAAAAAUAUAAAAAGAGUCAGAAGAAUCUAUAAUUGGAGGGUGGGAGGAAGGAUAACUCAGAAGAAAGACCUGAUGAACUGGGGAUAAUGAUGACACAUUUGGCUUCCAUUCCUGGAAGCUGAGCCCUCCUCCUUCCCAUCCCUCUUUCCCUGCUACUAUUGAGGGGACUACCCAAAGAAAACAACAAUUUUUUAAAAAAUCCCUUCCCAUUGCUUGUGAAUUUGUUUUGCCAAUAAAUCUAUUUUUAACUGUC